CAUGAACAUUGACGUCUUGUGCGCAACCACAAUUCCUCUUGAUCUCGCUUGAAACUGCACGCCUGAAAGUUGUAGCGGCCCAACAUGUCUUAUAAUCCGCGCAUGAGCACCGCGCGAACCCCAUCCUACAACCCCCGCACAAAACCACAAGAUGAGGAUGCAUUCAUGACCUUGUCCGAUCAAGAGAUCGCGGGAUGUAUUACGGAUAUUGGAAUCAAUUUCACAGUUCACGACCUUCAGAAGCCGAACCCCCAAAUCAUACAAAAGGUUUUCGAAUGGAUGGCCGAGCUGUUGAUGAACACGACGCGCGAAGUCGUUGCACCUGCCAUGAAGGCUGCGGCGGAGGAUAUCUGUGGCCCGGAUGCUGAUCGUAUAUUUACUUCCGACACCCGGGAUCUGAUGGGCUUCUUUGUGAUACUGCGGAAGCUGCUUGUCGAGUGCGGAAUCCACGACUUUACCUUCCAGGAUUUGUACAAGCCCAGCCAUCAGCGCCUUGUCAAGAUAUUCUCCUUCAUGAUCAACUUUAUCCGGUUCCGCGAGUCGCAGACCGAAGUCAUCGACGAGCACUUCAACAAGGCGGAGCGCACGAAGAUCCGAAUCGAGCAGCUCUUCAACGACAAGGAAGACAAGGAGAUGCAACUCCAGGAGCUGCAGCGCAACCGCCACGCUACCGAGAAGAUCAUGCAGGACCGAGAAAAGCGCAACAAGGAGCUGAAGAGCAGGCUUUUGGAGCUCAAACAGGGUCAGGAGGCGGUUGCGAAGAAGCUAGAGCGGGCAAGGGAGGAGCAGAAUAAGUUGAAGGCGCUUUUGCAGCAAAAGGUGGAGGCCAAGGAGAUCGCGCAGCGUGAGGUGCUGAAGUUGAGGCCGUAUACGCAGCAGAGUCCCACGGCGCUCGAGAACUCGCUGCGAGAUUUGAAUGAUAAGCUCGUUCAAGAGAAGACUCAGAUUGAGACGCUGGAUCGACGUGCUCGCGCUCUGCAAACAUCGACGGACUCUUUCACGGUUGUUGCGGCAGACGUUACCUCAUGCACCAGGCUCCUCACGGACGUACAAAGCGACCUCGCCAAGGAAGAAGAGGAGUUAGCGAAAGCGUCUAGGCACAGGGACGCCCUAGCGGACCGGAGCAACAAUGUCCGGGAUGUCGAGCGCCAGGAGAAGCUUCUGCAGAAGCAGCUCGCCAACGUGAACGCGCGGACAGAGAAGCUGAAGAGGAAAGCAGAUGAAGAAGCAGAGCGGGCAAAGAGAAGAAUGGAAGAACUUAGGGAGACGCAUGCCAAGUUGGCGGAGGAGAGGGGCGAAAAGGGUCGCGAGAUGGAGAGAAGGAGGGUGAGGAUCGAACAGACCGAGAAGAAGAUGGCGGAUCUGAAAGACAGCAUAGAGAACGAGGUUCGGGAGGCUCAUGAUGAGUACAUCAAGAUGGAAAGUCACAUCAAGCUGUAUAUCACAGAGAUGGAGCAGAGUAUAUAGGAUUGGGAAAUUGGUUUGGUUGGUUCUUCUGAUAAUUGGUUGGCAGGAUUAUGCCUCUUGGGAUACUGGCUCGGAUGGUUAUGGCGUUGGGGUAGAUACCAUGUCUGCUUCUGUGCUAUGGAUGUCAACGAUAUCGUUUUUAUGAGCAUUGUGCAUUUCAGUUCGUAGAGCUAGAUAUUCACAUUUCCAUCGCUGGGCG